CACCUUACGUUUGCUGUUGCCUUUCCCAAUUCGAACGUCCCUCACUUUAAUGCACCUUCCUCUCUCUCUCUCUCUCUCUCUCUCUCUCUCAAAUGUUCUUUUUCUUUCAUAUACAUUCACUGUUUCUGUUAGUAAAAGGCAACAAAUAAAGGAAGGUGAAGAAAAGACGAAUUCAAGCCACCUGUUUUUCUCCAAGACAAACCCAUCAUCAUCAUUUGAUCAAAUUUCUCAAAAACCCUAUUCCUGCAAUUCGAUCUUCCUUUCUUUUCCUUUAGAUUGUAGCUCUUAAAAUGGGUUUCUCUCUGUAGGCUUUUUCCAUGUCUGUUUAAAGAGAGAAUUCACUUUUUGAGAUAAUUACACUGCAAAAGAUCGCCCUUUUGGAGAAAAACCCCUUUCGUUCUUCACCUUUCUUUUCAUUUAGAAAUUGAGCUUAUUUUUCCACGAGUUGGGGGUUUUGAUUUCAUUGCUCCAUUUCCUUUAUUAAAUUCAAUUUUUUUCCUGGGUUUUUGAGGAAGUGGGGUUUUGGGUUCCAUGGCUGCUGGUCCUGAAAUUUCAAUCGAAUCCGCAGCAUCAACGACGGUGGCUGGUUCUAUUACUGUCGUUGAUCAAUCCUCACCAAAAACUGAGGUCGCCGUUACCAACCAGAGCGACAAUUUCAAUGUUGCUAAACCCGAUGAUAACGAUUCCGUUGUGAAUAACGUUGACUCCCAAAACGGGUCCGAUUCCGAUUCAAAAUCAGAAAUGAAAAUGCAAGAUAUCGUCGAUAUCUUGUCCAAUUUGAAGUUGAAUCCCAUGGCGAAGGAAUUCUUCCCUUCUUCCUACUCGCCAAUUGAUCGCAAUGGUGAUCAGACCGAACUUACCCUCAAUUACUUCGCGCCUGCUUAUUUCACUAAUUCCCCUGGAGACGGAAUUGAAGCAUACCCUAAUAAUCGCAGAAGGAGAAAUAACUAUAGUCAGGGAAGAAGACGAUUAAAUGGAAGAGCUUUUCGAGCUCAAAGAGAAGAUAGCAUUAAGAGAACAGUUUAUGUUUCUGACAUUGAUCAUAAUGUCACUGAAGAGAGACUUGCUGCUCUGUUUAGCGCCUAUGGCCAAGUUCUUGAUUGUCGAGUUUGUGGGGACCCACAUUCACGUCUCCGUUUUGCAUUCGUAGAGUUUGCUGAUGAGAAUUCCGCAAGAGCAGCUCUUAAUCUUUGUGGAAUAAUGUUGGGAUUCUCUCAAGUUAGGGUUUUGCCUUCAAAAACUGCCAUCCUUCCAGUGAAUCCAACUUUCCUUCCAAGGUCAGAGGAUGAAAAGGAGAUGUGUGCAAGGACAGUCUACUGUACAAAUAUUGACAAAAAGGUUUCUCAAGCGGAGGUCAAGAAUUUUUUUGAAACAAGAUGCGGUGAGGUUUCUCGCAUUCGGCUUUUGGGAGAUCAUGUUCAUUCAACACGAAUUGCUUUUGUUGAAUUUGUGAUGGCAGAAAGUGCGAUUAUUGCAUUAGAUUGCUGUGGUCAAACACUUGGAACUCAACCAAUAAGGGUGAGUCCAUCCAAGACACCAGUGAGGCCUCGAGUGGCUCGAUCUCUUCCAACCAACUAAUGUAUGCAUCCAUCAGGGAGGAUUUCUUCUUGUGAGGUGUUUGUUUUAUGGCAUUUUUGCCAUUUUUACACUAGUUAUGAACUUUGAAGGGGGAGACAAAUUCAAUCCCUAAGUUGAGAACUUGUUUUUGUUUUCUUCUUUUUCAUCAUGUUUGAUUGCAGAAUCCUGCAAUCUGCAAACAAUGGGCAAAGUAAUGUUGCUCAUUAAGACUUGGGAUUCUAAGUUUUUAAAUUGUAUGUUACAUUGCUUCUGGUGUUCUUUUCAUGACAAAUUAUGAACACUUUUGACACGUAUGAUAAAUGUAUGACCAUAUCGUAUUUGACAAAUUUUUAUACAAUUGUGUCCAAAAAUCAUAUAUCGGGUGCUUUUGGUUAAAUUGUGACCGAUAAUUUAUCAACAUUUUCGUUCAAAACGUGUCAAAUGAUGAUUUGGUUGAAACAUUCAUAAUUUGUCGAAUACGAGUUAGAAAAAAAACUAUGUAUAGCAUAUGUAUUUUUGUGUUUUAUUCAAUUCAGGGCACAUUGUAUGAAAUAGCAACACACUUUGCUUAUCCAACCAAUACAAAAAGUGUAUUUUCUUUUACUUAUAUGGCCAUCCGGAUUACUCUCCAUGGAGGACAUUCGUUGUCCACCUGGCGAGAACCACGAACACAAACACUUGAAUUUAAUUUUAAAAAAAAAUACCUAUAAAUACAACCUACUACCACCUUAUUUUUAAACCAUUCUUCUGUUUUAUACUCUCUAAAAUAUCACAUAGAUGGAUAUUUUACAAAUUUUGAUUUGGAUGAUAAUGGGGAGUUUAUUUCAACUUUUGUAAUGUUGUGCAACACAUAGAUGAUGAAGAGCGUAUUGAUGUUACACAUACAAGAACGGUUGUCGAUCGAGAUCGUCAAACCACGCAUAAACUUUUGGCGCGAUAUGAAUAUUUUAAACAAAAACCAGACACUAGAGGAAGAAUGAGCUUUAGUGAUAUACAAAAAUGUGCAACUUCAUUUAGAUAUUUAGCAUAUGGUAUAUAGCCUUUGAAGCAACAAAUGAGUACUUGAAAGUAUCUAGGAUGACCGCAAAUGACUGUGUAGAUCAUUUUUGCGCAUGUGUUUAUGAGGUUUUUUGUAAAGAAUAUUUGCGCAAACUUAUUGCACGUGUUACCGAGAUAUUGGAUUUAGCACAUGAAGAGAGACAUGGAUUUCUAGGAAUGAUCGGUAGCCUUGAUUCUACGCAUUGGGCAUGCAAAAACUAUCUAACUACAUUGCACAGUCAAUUUGACCGAGGUGAUAUAGUCACCCAUUUUCAACGAUAUAUGGACCAAGAGAGCACCCGAUACGUUCUUUACGGUGAACGAGCAUUGGUGCAAGCAUGGUUACUACCUUUGUGAUGGGAUAUACUCAGAUUAUUCCACAAAAUGGAAAGAAUCUUCUAGAAAGGAUAUAAAGAAGGCAUUUGGAAUCCUUAAGCAGACAUGACACAUAAUGAAAUACUUUGCAUGACUAUGGAAUAUGGAAAAGUUAAAACGAAUAAUUUAUGCAUGUAUUAUAAUGCAUAAUAUGAUUAUUGAACAUGAAGGUAGAACAAUUUGCAAGCACAAUGAGAACGACAUAUGUAACCUAGCUCCAGAGUUUGUAUCUGAUUCGACAGAAUUUUUAACAAGAGUAAUUGAUAUUCAAAAUACUGAAACGUUUUGCAAUCUUCGAGAUAACUUAGCGGAGCAUCUCUACCGAAACAAUAUGAACAAACAAUAGUUUUUUAUGUUUUUUUCUUUUUUUUUUUAAACUAAUGUAUUGUUUUUUUGAAAUGAAUGAAAACCUAAUUUAAAA